AAUAAAUCAAACAGUCAGGCACCGAACCUAAAACGCAGCUCUUAUUAUCAAAGGGAACGUUCCUUUAAUAUAUUUUAAACAUGUUUUCUGGACUUACUAACCAUGUGACAUCUUGGAUUGACAACAUUAAAGAGAAUCGAGAUGAAAAAUCAACUUCUUUAUUACACGAAACUGAUACAAACAACACGAACACGCCCAACAAAUUAAGCACAUCAAAAAUAGAAGGAAUAACAGGAUGGUUCAAAACUAACAUUCCCAAUUUUCUCAAUAACAAAGAAGACGACAAGUCAUCCGAUGCAUCCGGUGAAACUACCAAAGACUCAUCAUUCGAAAUAGAAAAUGACCAACCUACAGCAACAUCUGCCAAAGAAGAAAUUACAUUGAAAAAUAUGGAAACAACAGUUCUAGCUGGAGCCAAAUCGCUUGGAAAUUUAUUUUAUUCAGCAAUUGACAAGGCUGAAAAGACAGUAGCUGAAGCUACUUCAAAGAUAAAAAAAUCCGUUGAAAAGCUAGGUAUUUUAGAUGAAUUCAACAAAGAACAGUCCGAGUUUAUAAAAGAUCAGUCCACUAAUGUUACAUCAGCAGUUCCUCCAUGGUUCAGUUGUCUAAAUGAACAAAAUUUUCGAAGUGAGUGUUUAACUUUGUCCACCGACAAAAGAAACUUCAUUAAAAGCCCACCAGCAGGUGUCAAUUACGAGUUUGACUACGACAUGUCCUAUCCCAUGGCAAUAGCUAUAAUGAAGCAAGACCCAAAUUUGGAAAAGAUGCGUUACAACCUCGUACCCAGAGUGAUAUCUGAACGAAAUUUUUGGAAAAAUUAUUUUUAUCGUUUAAGUCUAAUUUGUCAUGCAUACGAGUUAUCAUUCAUCUCGAAUGAUAAAGAUACGAAGUCCGGAACUAAUUUAAUGACUUCUGAUGUAACAACAAAUAGUAUCAAUAUUGAUCAGAAUAAUCACGAGUUUGUUUCUGAUACUUUGGAACCGACAACUGAAGACUUAAUUGAAGUGCAAGAAGGUAUGAAAAAAUUAAUCAUGGGAUCAAAAACUAAAGAUGAAGAUUGGGAAAGAGAAUUGGAAGCUGAGCUUGACGACUAUGAACUGACCAAUGAACAAAAACCAGAAAACAAUCGUUUGGAACUAGAAAUUGAGGAAAUGUCUCUAGAGUAAUAUAUUGUUAUAUUUUACUUAUUUUAUUUAUUUAUUUAAAAGUAUAUUAAUUAAGUAUAUUAAUAAAUAAUUGUACUAUUGAUCAUUUUACAGUAAUAAAAAUUUUAUUUGAAAUGUGUAA